ACCAGCACUAGUCUGCGGCAGCGUUGGCAGCAGCAGCGAUGUGGCAUAUGCAUUGCUAACCUGUACCAAAAUUUUCCUCGUUUUAUCUAGAAAAUGUUGCCGUUUCCGAAAUAACCCGGUCGAAAGAGUAGUAAAUGAUUUGAUAGUAAUCUCUAUGUGUUAUGUACAUAUUUAAAAUUUUAAAAUGAGGGUGUCACUAGUGAUUUUCGGUGUCUUGCAACUUUUGGACAUAUGUAGAUUCUCAUUAGCAUGGGACAACGAGGAACUGGAAGUCUUCGACGUCGUCGAGGAAGUUAAUCAGAACUUCUACGCUCUCUUAGGUGUUCCCCAGGAUGCCAAUUCUACGGAUAUUAGAAAAGCUUUUAGGCGGUUGUCGCUUCAGCUGCAUCCAGACAAAAACAGUGCUCCAGAUGCUGACGAAAAAUUUAGGCAUCUAGUCGCAGUGUAUGACGUCCUGAGGGACCCCGGAAAACGGGAACGAUAUAACAAUGUUCUUGUUAAUGGGCUGCCUAACUGGCGAUCGGCUGUAUACUACUAUCGUCAUGUACGAAAAAUGGGACUAUUAGAAAUGAGCAUUAUAUUAUUUAUAGUUAUUACAAUUGGCCAGUAUAUCGUUGGAUGGGCGGCGUAUUUUGAAAAAAGAUAUACUUAUGAACAAGUAUUAGGGAGUAAGCUGCAGAAAAUGCAGAAGAAAAAUCGUAAAGGUAAAAUGGAUGUACCAGACUUGGCAGAUAUCUUGGAGAAAAUUCCAACACCAAGUGUAUGGAAUACUCUGCCUUUCCAACUUCCUCGGUGGACAUUCUUUUCUAUUGUUGGCAUUCCAUCUGGCAUCCGAGCUAUCAAGGAAGCACUAGCAGAAAGAAGACGUAGAAAGAAGGAAGAAGAAGAAAUGGCUUUAGCACAAAUGAAUGAAGAACCCGAGCCUGAGCCCGCACCACGGGGUCCAAGACGACGCCGAGCUGGUUUUACACUACAAGAACGUAGUGGAAGUAAUUUUAGUGAAAUUCAUAAUUGUAAACAAGAUAAUUAUCAGAAAACCCAUGUGGUUGAAAAGCCAAAAGCUACUGGAGGAGGCCUUUGGACUGAUGACGAUAUAUCAGAAUUGAUUAAACUUGUAAAAAAAUAUCCUGGAGGCACAACAGAUCGAUGGGAAAAGAUUGCAGAUUCCAUGAACAGAACUGUUACUGAAGUCACGCACAUGGCCAAAAAAGUCAAAGAUGAGGGGUUGAAACCAAAUCAAGGUGUUGAAGAAACUAAUUUAGAAGAUUUACCAAAGAAGAUCAAAACUCGUGCUGAGAUAACAGAUUCAGUUGGUGAAUGGAGUCAAGAACAACAAAGAGCACUUGAAGCUGCAUUAAGUAAAUAUCCCAAGGGCAUGUCGCAGGAUCGUUGGGAAAAAAUCGCGGCUUGUGUCGACGGAAAAUCUAAGGAAGAGUGUCAGAUACGCUAUCGACAGUUAGUGGAGCUCAUCAAGAAAAAACAACAGCAAUAGUAAAGUGGAAGACAUGUGUUGAGAAUCGUUUAGUUUUCAUACCUUUCAGGAAGUUAUUUAUUCAAUAAAAAUACCACUAUUAUUUCUCACAUCGAGUGAUGUGAACAGACGUGGAAAACGUGCAUGUACAGUAUUGUAAAUAGGUAUUUAUGUAUGUUGUGAAUUACAUGCAUGUGUAUAUCCUGAGAAUCAA